AUGAAAGCAGAAAUGAAGUGCAUAGAGAGGGAGAGACAAGCACUGCUCAACUUCAAACAUAGCCUCUCACAUGACUUUGACAUGCUAUCUACAUGGAGCGACGAUGACAGUAAUCCUGAUUGUUGCAAAUGGAAAGGCAUUGAGUGCCACAAUGAAACUGGUCAUGUACACAUGCUUGAUCUCCGUGGUCAGGAUACUUAUUUGUUAGGUGCCAUCAACUUCACUUCAUUGGUUCACUUGCAAAAUAUGGAAUAUUUGGAUCUCAGCUAUAAUGAUUUUCAAUCGAGUCACAUUCCAGAAGUUAUUGGCUCAUUUACCAACCUAAGAUAUCUCAAUAUCUCAGAUUCUCAAUUUGCUGGGAGAAUCCCUUGUGAACUUGGAAAGCUUGCACAUUUACAAUAUCUGGGUUUAGGGAGCAAUUAUCUCUAUGGAGAAAUCCCUUAUCAACUUGGAAAUCUGUCACGGUUGAAGUAUCUUGAUCUUGGGAGAAAUUCACUUUCAGGAGCAAUCCCUUUUCGGGUUGGGAAUCUUCCUAACUUGCAUACUCUAAGGCUUGGUGGCAAUUUUGAUGUUAAAUCUAAGGAUGCAGAGUGGUUGUCUAAUCUCCAUUCCUUAACAAUUCUUGAGCUGAGUUCAUUAGGUAAUCUUGGAUCCUCCCAUCACUGGCUACAAACGAUUGCCAAGCUUAUCCCAAACUUGACGGAGUUGAGAUUACUUGAUUGCACUCUUUCAGACACUGAUAUUCAAUCUUUGUUUUAUUCUCAUUCCAAGUUUUCCACUUCUCUUACCAUCCUUGAUCUCUCUUCCAAUAUGCUGACAUCCUCAACACUUCAACUCUUGUCCAACUUCAGCCAUAAUCUCCAGGAGCUUUAUCUUUCUAAUAAUAACAUUGUUUUGUUAUCUCCUCACUUUCGAAACUUUCCUUCUCUGGUCAUCCUUGACCUUUCAUAUAAUAAUAUUACAUCAUUUGUAUUUCAAGGUAUUUUCAAAUUCAGCUCAAAACAUCAAAGUUUAUAUUUCCAAAAUUGCAGUCUUACCGAUGAAAGUUUUCUUAUGUCAUAUGCUUCCACCAUGAAUUCAUCAUCUUCUCUUGUCACUGUUGAUCUCUCCUCAAACUUGUUGAAAUCGUCCUCUGUAUUUUACUGGCUCUUUAACUUCACCACCAAUCUUCGUACCCUUUACCUUCUUAGUAACCUGUUAGAAAAUCCCAUCCCUGAUGAAUUUGGGAAAGCAUUGAACUCUCUUGAAUUUCUUGACCUCUCUUCCAACAAGCUAGAAGGCGAGAUUCCAUAUUUCUUUGGGAACAUAUGUACACUGCAAAUACUAGACCUCUCAAACAACAAGUUGAGCGGGGAAAUUUCUAGCUUAAUUCAAAACUCUUCAUGGUGCAACAAACACAUAUUCAAUGGUUUGUAUUUAAGGAAUAAUCGGAUUACUGGCGUGAUACCUGAAAGCAUCAGAUUGCUGUCUGAAUUAGAGUUUCUGUACUUGGGAGGGAAUUCUUUGGAGGGCGAUGUCACUGAAUCCCAUCUCAGUAAUUUUUCCAAAUUAAGAGGUUUGUUCUUAUCGUACAACUCGGUGUCUUUAAAGCUCUCUAGCUGGGUUCCUCCUUCGCAAUUAAGUUACUUGUUCGUAGCAUCAUGCAAAUUAGGUCCAUCUUUUCCUGGUUGGCUUCGAACCGCAAGUUCCUUGUUUAAGCUUGAUAUUUCUGAUAAUGGGCUUAGCGGUUUCGUACCAGAAUGGUUUUGGAACAACUUGCAGUAUAUUGAUAUGCUGAAUAUGUCAUACAACAAUCUCACAGGUGCAAUUCCGAAUUUCAAGCUAAAGCUUCCUCUGAGACCAUUUAUAAAUCUGAAGUCAAAUCAAUUUGAGGGCAAAGUUCCGUCAUUUUUACUACAGGCUUCCGGGUUGAUACUCUCCAAAAAUAAAUUUUCGGAUUUGUUUUCAUUCUUGUGUGACCGAAGCACAGCUAAAAACUUGGCCAUUUUAGAUUUAUCGAACAAUCAAAUGAAGGGACAACUCCCAGAUUGUUGGGAAUCUAUACGCUCAUUAUUAUUUCUUGAUUUAAGUAACAAUGAAGUGUCAGGUAAGAUUCCUAUGUCCAUGGGCACCCUCGUUCAAUUGGAAGCGUUGGCUUUACGAAACAACAAUUUAACGGGUGAAUUGCCUUUUACUUUGAAGAAUUGCGGCAAUUUAGUAAUGAUGGACGUGGGUGAAAAUAUGUUGUCCGGUCCAAUACCAUCAUGGAUUGGAGAAAGUUUGCUGCAAUUGAUAAUCUUGAGCUUGCGAGGGAAUCACUUCCUUGAAAAUAUUCCUAUUCAACUUUGCAAUUUGAGACGUAUUCAAAUGUUGGAUCUUUCGAGGAACAACUUAUCAAAAGGAAUUCCAACAUGUUUAAAGAAUUUCACUGCAAUGUCUGAAAACAGCAUCAACAUGAGUGAAACUCGAAGUCAUAUAUAUUGUCUAGGAAAAUUAAACUUGUCACACAACUCUCUUUCUGGAAGAAUCCCAUCAGGAAGACAUAUGCAAACCUUUGAUGCAUCCAGUUUUGAAGGAAAUAUUGAUCUUUGUGGUGAACAACUUAACAAAAGUUGUCCUGAAGAUGUGACAAUAGUAAAGCCUCAAGGAGCAACAAACCCUGGUGAUGAUUCUACUUUCUACGAAGGAUUAUACAUGAGCUUGGGGCUUGGAUACUUUGUAGGCUUUUGGGGCCUAUUGGGGCCAAUACUCCUUUGGCAACCUUGGAGAAAUGCUUAUCUGAGGUUCUUGAACACAUUGACAGACUAUAUAUAUGUAAUGAUUGCAGUGAAUGUGGCAAAGUGGCACAAGUGA